UUUAGUCACUUCGUCUCUCUCAUUUUCCGAGACUCAGAGAUUAUCAUCUAGAAGAAUCCAGAAUCAGUUGUUGUUACUCGUCUUCGUCGUCUUCAUCGCGAGAUUCUCUGGACGAUGAUGAUGAUGAUGAUGCAAAGGACCUCCCCUGCUUUAAAGCGACAAAAGGUCGCUGCUGUUAGAGAUUUUCCUCCUUUCACUGCUAAAGAUGAGUUUGGUGGUGCUCAUGUCGCACUCAUACGUGAGACCAAAGAGGAGGAUUUCGAUGGAUAUGGAGACGAUACCAAAUGUGUUGCUCAUCACAGGACCUCCCCUUCUUUUAAGCGACAAAAGGUCUCUGCUGUUAGAGAUUUUCCACACUUUACUGUUAAGAAUGAGACGAGUGAGAUGGCAAGUCAUGAUGUUGCUGUCGAAAGUGAGACAAAAGAGGAUCUGAAGAAUGGUUAUGAAGAUAGCAAAUGUGUUGGCGGUGUUGCUCGUCACGAUUACCAUAGGCCUAAGGAAGUCGAAUCGUUUGAUUCGAUUAUGAAGAAGGCUGGCUUCAAUGGUAAUGUUGGCAAUGGGAAAUUUCCUCCAGCUAAGAGGAAGGUUCCUUUACUUUCUCAAAGUAAAGUGAAACCUCUAAGCGAAGAGGAAGGUAUUAGGCUAAUGGCUUCCCAUGUUAACUUUCAGAAGUUAUCCAAAGGUAGACACUCACCAGUGAAUAAGACGUUGAGUAAUGCAACUGCUUCAAGAUUAAGAGCCAAUGCUGUGCAGAAACAUAGACACUCACCACUGGCUAAGAAGAAUUUGAGUAAUGCAGCUGUGUUAAGACCAAUGACCAAUGCUCAUAAACCAACUCAACACAGAGAUGAAAGACGGUCAAAUAAACUUGGAUUCAUCCCCCGGGCUAUACAACAAAACCGGAUUACCAAAGAUCUUAGCCCACGCGAGAAAGUUCUCAAGGUGUUGCGUAUUUUCAAACUUGUGCAUGAUGAGUUUGAUCGUGACAAGGUACCACGACGAGGUGAAUCGAAGACUGCAGCGAGUAGGGCACAUCUCAGGACUCGGAAGGUUCUCAUGGAAAGGGGGAUGCAACUGAACGAGAAAAAAAUGAUUGGACCAGUCCCUGGAAUCGAGGUUGGAGAUGAGUAUCAAUUCAAGGCAGAGCUCAACAUAAUAGGUCUUCACUUUAACAUGAGGGGUGGGAUUGAUUACAUGGAGGAAGGGAACAUGAAACUAGCUACGAGCAUAGUCUCAUCGGAAGGUAGUGGUUACACCGAUAGUUGUGGUUCUGAUGUGAUGUUUUACUGUGGUGAAGGAGGUCACAAGGGUGUUAAAGUAAUCAAAGAUCAGAAGCUUGUUGCGGGAAACUUGGCUUUAGCUAAUAGCAUGGAGAGAAAGACUCAAGUGCGAGUGAUACGUGGCAAAGAGAGAUCGGACCAUAGAGGAAAGGAUUUUGUGUAUGAUGGUCUAUACAUGGUUGACAAGUACUGGACAGAGAAAGGACCUCACGGCAACAUCAUGUACAAGUUUAAGCUUAGUAGAAUAGCUGGUCAACCUUCUUGUGACUUUUUCAAACGAUUAGUGUGAA